GACAUGCCAAACCCAUUGCAGAAAUCGCUGCAUGGUUACCUGUCAAAGAUCAAAAAAGAGACAGGGAAGCUGCAACUGUCUUCCUCACAUUCAUUCUCAUCCUCAAAGAAUUGGGUGCUUGGUAAGCAUCCCAAGAAGCUCUCCUUCUCCUUCAAGCACAGACGACGCAGCAGCAAGACCAGAUUCAGCAAAGAAGAACCCGUUUACCACCAGGACUCUGCUCACGCCGCCACCUUGUCCGACAUUGAUCGUUUUCUUGAGGAAAACUUCAAAUCCCUCUGCAUCAGAGACGACCAGGAGGAUGAUCAGCAUCAAGCCCGGGUGACCAAAAACAAGGAGAAAAGGGAGUCAUCAUCAGACGACAGUGAUGAUGAUGAUGAUGACGACGACUAUCGUCACAGAUUCGAGAGGACAUGGGGACAUGCCGUCUACGACUCCCCGAAACAGCCCCCGGAUUUGCUGAGAACAGAGAGGCUAUCUCCUCCGCCUGGAUCUUCGGAGGGCAGGCCUAGCAUGGAAACAACGUCAACAUCGUCGGAGAGGCAAUCGAGAUCCACCUUGGUGCUGCCGGAGAACUGCAUCGCGGUGUUAAGAUACACGGAUGAGCCGCAAGAGGAUUUCAGGCAGUCCAUGGUGGAGAUGAUGGAGUCCAAGUUAGGGAUGCGGGAAAGCGAAGUGGAUUGGGACUUGAUGGAAGAGCUACUCUUCUGCUAUCUGGAUCUCAACGACAAGAAGUCACACAAGUUCAUACUAAGCGCUUUCGUCGAUCUCAUCAUUGCUCUUCGUGAGAAGGAGAAGAGAAUCACCAGGAAAGGUCAUGUGAGGUCGCUCAGUACUCGUGCCGCCAGGGACAGGCUUAGGAAGAGGAUGAUCAUGAGUGACAACUAA